CUUCACUGAGCAGCAUUCUAUCACCAUGACUAAUAUGCGAUAAGGUCUUGUGUACGCCGUACAAUAUAACCCUUAUCAACUUAUUUAUUGUCCUCAUGUUGAUAUAAGUGUACAUGCCAGGACAGGAACUAUCAACAACAUACCUUCGGAUUGUAUUAAAACAAAACAAACAUGGGCGAUGAGCUGGCUCUUGAGAGUCAACUUUGUUGAGCAAAGCUGGGGAUGAGUGUUUUAUUGUUACUGCCUAUGUUACUGACGAAACACUGCAUCUGCUCGGCUCGAUCAAGGGAACUGACUUUGUAGAGAGAAAAUCCCUUAUUGUCAAAACGGAAUUUCUGCAAUACUUAAAAAACCAGGCUUUAUCAGAAGUCGUCAGAGGGCCAGACGUUAUUGACGAUCCACACAGUGAAAGAAAAGUGGUCAGGUCUCUUAUGUCACAUUUAGCGGUUAGAUUACAUGCCGACGUGGAGGAGUGUUUCAUCGUGAGUGCAAAGAACCCAAACGUUCUGGGCUCCGACAAAGGGAAAGCUUACUUCUGCGAGGAUUUCAAGUUUUGUCAGAAAGCAUUCUCUCGCCACAUUUGUAAUUAUCGGGCUUUGAAGUGUUUUAAAAUGAAACCAACCUUGAUGCUAGUACUGUCGGGAAAAAAACACGUAGAAAUAAGCAGACCUAACGUCUCGUUUGCUCAACAUUCCAGACCAACUGACGGAAACAGAUCAAGUCAAUCCGUAGUACAAGUGAAAAUUAAAAAGGUUUCGGAUAAUGUGAAAGUGAACACUAAAAGGACCAAUAUAGAAGACCAAAUUAAGGAAUCGCCUUCGCUCCUUCUUGGAAAAGCUUUACCACCCGAGGGGACUCCAAGAAAGGCAAAUGCCGAUGAGCCUGUCGUACCUGUAACCCCCGCCUCUAAUGAUGAUGAUAAUGACAGUUGGUCUAAUUCAGAUGACAAGUUUAAAAAAGAGUUGGAAAAUAAGUUACCCGACAUGAGUGCCUUUAUCGGAAGGACUCCGAUAAAACUAGAUCAAGACGCCAAGCGGUCAGUGAAGUCCCUGUCAAAAUGCGGGUCAGCUCUACAAAAGAUAACGGAAGCGUGUCAAGAGCCAGCCAUAAAGAAACACAAUGAAGAAUGUGGUGUACGGUCAUACGUUAGCGCAAGAAAAAACGAGAGGGCGACAAACUCAAGUGUUAUUGCAGGGACAUCUGAUGAGUGUAAACAGGGAGCUAAUUCAAACUCUGUAGAAAUCCAAUCAUUUACAUGCGUUGUGAAAAGUUGUUUGAGAGAAUUUAUCGCCCGUUGGCGGUUAUUAAAACAUUAUCAAAGUCAUACCGAGACGAAACGAAUCACAUGCAGAGAGUGCGAUGAAAAUUUAAAAGCAGCACCACCGCAAUCAAGCAUUGUAGAACAGCCCACCCAUACAUUGAGAAACUGCGACCGCAAUAUCCGAGCCGACAACAGCUUGAAGAUCUCGAAAGGGAGUUAAAUGCGGAAAACACUGAUGACCGCGUCUAGUGAUAUACUAAACCUAGAAACUGUAAGAGUGCGUGCUCAGUUAAAACCAAAGAACCGCACAAGAAUUAUAUAGAACUUAGAAACUGUAAAACAGUGAGCGCUCUGUUUAAAAAACAUAUCCAAAAAUACAUGUAUACUGCGCAAAUUAACCACUGUAAACCUAUAUGUGUUUAGUUAAAGCCAAAACACGACGUCAAUAUGUGUAUUGAACUGAGGACCUGUAAAUCUAUAUACGUUCAGUGAAAGCAAACGAACCACGUCUAUACGUGAAUUGAACUAAGAAACUGUAAACUAUAUAUGUGUUCAGUUAAAGCAAAAUAACCACGUCUAUACGUGUAUUAAACUGAGAAACUAGAAACUAUAUAUGUUCAGUUAAAGCAAAAGAACCACGUCUAUACGUGAAUUAAACUGAGAAUCUAGAAACUAUAUAUUUUCAGUUAAAGCCAUAAAAUAACGUCCAUAAAUGUACUUAACAUAGAAAAUGUAAACUGUGUGUGUUCAUUUUAAGCCACAGUGCAAUGUUUAGAAACAUAUUGAACUUAGUAACUGUAAAACUAAAUUUGUUCAGUUAAAGCUACAAAACCACGUCUUAAUCUGUACUGAACUUAAAAACUGUUAAACUUUAGUCGUGUUUUUAAGCCAAAGAGCCAGGUCUAGAAAUAUACUUAACUUUUAAACUGUUAUUCUAUUUGUGUUUAGUUAAAGCCGUGAAACAAGACAGUCAACAUACUUGUAUUUGUAAACGAUACUUAGACGUAUCAGCAUAUAGCACAAUUUUAGAACUUAAGACUGGCUAAAAUAUUCGAGUUUAGAACAAGACUGGCUAAAUUAUGCGAGUUUAGAAUAAGUCUCUCAACUCGAAUGUCUAAAUUAUGUGAGUUUAUAAUUACACUGGCUAAUAUAUGCAAGUUUUUUAAAAGGCGUGUUUAUUUUUUAUAUGUCUAUAUUUUCUUUUUUUAUUAUCUCUAAUUCAAAAUUUAAAAGUUGUUUAUUUUAUUAUCGCUAGUUUAAAUUUCGUUUUGGUUGACACUAUGAAUGCCUCGACAGGGCUCAGUCUAGCAGACGACGUCACAUGUAUAGACUUAUAUAUCACCCACCCACCACUUAGAUUAUUCAGUAUUUGUGGUUUUUACUAGCUUGAAGAUAUCAAUCCUCUUGUACGUCAACAUUAUAUAUACUUGGGUAAUAUUGUUUACAUGUAUGUAUAUAUACAUUUUGUACUCAUUUUUAUACUCUCAUUAAAUGCUCAAACGAAAAUAGUCUACAUUUUAAACACACCGCUUUUAUAUAGAUAUCCCACUGGAUUAUGCAUGAAAAUGCUGCUCUAAAAUGUAGUCAUUGGCGCCGCACUGAAGUGUGCGCCUAUUUUUGGAUGGGAAUACUUUUUAGUUAGAGGUAGGAGCGGUUUUUAAUUUUGAUUGACUUUUGGGUUUUACUUUGUUAUUUUAUAACAAUUUAAAAAAAUGCAAAUGGAUGGGCAUUGCAUGCGGGUUAAUUAUGCUAUUUAUGAUUAAAUAUUUUGUCUUCAAUUUAUCUUCAAAACAUUUUUUUUUUAAAAAACGACAAAUAAGUUUAAUAACUCUUCCCGAUUCGUUUUCGUUUUAUGAUUGGUUACCUGUAAUCAUGUGCCGGAAAUGUAAAAUGGGUGGACUGGUAAUUAUACGAAUGCGAAUAAUUAUGUUUUAUUUCGUUUUGUUAUGUUUACUGCAUUGAUGAAUAAUGGACUAAGCUGUUUUCUAUCAAUAUCGGAAUUAAAUGUUCACCUUACUUUAUUUGUUAAUAUG